AAGUAAAGUCAUAACUCGUAAAUUUCAAUUUCCAACUAUUAGUCAAUUAACAAGGUCUUAGCAAGAGGAAUAGAAAAAUCCGGGGUAAAUGGGCGCCAUAGUUGGAGAGUGUUGAGUGCAGACUACGAUCCUCCUCUGCACUCUUUGCAGCACAAAUAGUCAAAUAGCUUCUUCAAACACCACUCUACAACACCCAGCAGAUAGAAAUCCACACCUUUUCUCAUGGCGGUGGUGCCAUCAUCCUUUCUCAGUUCUCCCUAUUCUACAAAGCCACCACUUCUCCUUUCAAAUACUACCAAGUUCACAAUCACCCAACCCAUAAUUGCAUUUCCUAAUCUUUCAUCGAAUUCCUACUUUCUUUCAUAUUCUCGACGCUCUAGUUUAUAUCAUCGUAGACCAGUAACUUUUGCGUUUCUCAAGGAGGGUUUUGGUCAAGCUAAGAAGAAAUGGGAUAAUGUUACUAGUAUGAAUUAUUGGGUUGUGAGGGAUUAUUACCGUCUUGUGGAUGCUGUUAAUGCUCUGGAAAAGCGGAUGCAGAGUCUCUCUGAUGACCAGUUGAAGGCGAAGACGGAGGAGUUUCGACGUCGGUUGGCACUAGGGGAGAGCCUAGCUGAUAUACAGGCUGAGGGAUUUGCUGUUGUUCGUGAAGCAGCAAAACGAACGCUUGGGAUGCGUCAUUUUGAUGUUCAGAUCAUUGGUGGAGCAGUGCUUCAUGAUGGAUCAAUUGCUGAAAUGAAGACGGGUGAAGGGAAGACAUUGGUUUCCACAUUAGCAGCAUAUCUCAAUGCUUUGAGAGGAGAAGGUGUACAUGUGGUAACUGUCAAUGAUUAUCUUGCUCGCCGUGAUGCUGAGUGGAUGGGCAGUGUUCAUCAUUUCCUUGGUCUAUCAGUUGGUCUCAUUCAGAAGGGAAUGAAGGCUGGGGAGCGGAGGUUGAAUUAUAGAUGCGAUAUAACUUACACCAAUAAUGCAGAACUUGGUUUUGAUUAUCUUCGGGAUAAUCUUGCUGGAACUAGUGGAGAGCUUGUGAUGAGAUGGCCAAAGCCAUUUCAUUUUGCAAUUGUUGAUGAGGUCGAUUCUGUUCUCAUUGACGAAGGAAGAAACCCUUUACUGAUAAGUGGGCAGGCCAAUGAAGAUGCUGCUCGCUACCCUGUUGCUGCCAAAGUAGCAGAAUUGCUUGUGCGGGGUAUUCAUUAUAAUGUUGAGCUCAAGGAUAAUUCAGUGGAAUUGACAGAAGAAGGUAUCUCUUUGGCUGAGCUGGCUCUUGAAACCAACGAUCUGUGGGAUGAGGAUGAUCCGUGGGCCAGAUUUGUUAUAAAUGGUUUGAAGGCUAAAGAGUUUUAUCGACGAGAUGUGCAAUACAUAGUCAGGAAUGGAAAGGCUCUUAUAAUCAAUGAGUUGACAGGUAGAGUUGAAGAAAAGAGGAGAUGGUCUGAUGGCAUUCAUCAAGCUGUGGAGGCAAAAGAAGGUGUAAAAAUUCAGGCUGAUUCAGUUGUUGUGGCGCAAAUCACAUACCAAUCACUCUUUAAGCUGUACCCAAAACUUUCGGGGAUGACUGGAACUGCAAAAACUGAAGAAAAGGAGUUCCUCAAAAUGUUCCAUACGCCAGUUAUCGAGAUCCCUACAAACCUUCCUAAUAUCCGAAAUGAUCUACCCAUCCAGGCUUUUGCUACUGCGCGCGGAAAAUGGGAGCAUGUCACCGAGGAGGUUGAGUCUAUGUUCAGAUUGGGCAGACCAGUGCUUGUUGGAACAACUAGUGUCGAGAACUCUGAAUAUUUGUCUGAUCUUUUAAAGGAGCAAAACAUCCCACACAAUGUGCUUAAUGCACGACCCAAGUAUGCUGCUAGGGAAGCUGAGAUUGUUGCGCAGGCAGGGAGGAAACAUGCUAUCACCAUUUCUACCAAUAUGGCUGGCAGAGGCACAGACAUUAUUUUAGGGGGAAAUCCAAAAAUGCUUGCAAGAGGAAUAAUAGAGAACAAAUUGCGGUCAUUGUUAUCAAGAGAAGUUCCUGAAUUUGAGCUGGACGGUGAAUCUACUUUGAGAAAGGCAAUGUCAAAAGUUGAGAUUGGUACAUCAACAUCAGCGUUGCUUGAAAGGGCGUCCUUAAUUGCCAAGUAUGUUGGGAAGAGUGAGGGAAAGGGUUGGACAUAUGAGCAGGUCAAGUCCAUGAUUUCUGAGUCUGUCCAAAUGAGUGAGUCAGUCAACUCAGGGGAGCUUCAGAGGCUCGCUGAAGAAGAAUCUGAGAUGUACCCCCUUGGUCCUUCGCUAGCCCUUGCUUAUCAAGCGGUUCUGAAUGAUUGUGAAUUACACUGUUUGAAUGAGGGGAGUGAGGUCAAAAGGCUUGGCGGGCUUCAUGUUAUUGGAACAUCUUUGCACGAGUCUCGUAGAAUUGAUAACCAGCUUCGUGGUAGAGCAGGCAGGCAAGGAGAUCCAGGAUCAACAAGAUUCAUGAUUAGCUUACAGGAUGAAAUAUUUCAGAAGUUCAAUUUUGACACUGAGUGGGCUGUUAAACUGAUAUCAAGAAUCACAAAUGACGAGGAUAUACCAAUUGAAGGAGAUACCAUAGUUAAACAGCUUCUGUCUUUGCAAAUAAACGCGGAGAAGUAUUUCUUUAACAUCAGGAAGAGCCUGGUUGAGUUUGAUGAAGUCUUAGAGGUCCAAAGGAAGCAUGUCUAUAACCUUAGGCAAUUGAUUCUGGCUGGUGAUGCUGAAAGUUGCUCACAGCACAUAUUCCAGUACAUGCAAGCUGUGGUAGACGAAAUAAUACUAGGUACAGUUGAUCCUCACAAGCACCCCUGUGACUGGAAAUUGAGAAAGAUCUUGAAGGAGUUUGCCAAUGUGGGGGGAAAGCUGUUGAAUGAUUCAUUUGCAGGUAUAACAGAGGUUGUCCUAUUGGAGUCCCUCUCUCAAUUAGACACAUCAUCUCCUGUAGAUUUCAAUGGCCUUUUGCCUAUAGAUUUGCCAAGACCUCCUAAUGCCUUCAGAGGAAUUCGAAAGAAGACUUCCUCCUUCAAGCGAUGGCUUACCAUAUGUGCAGAUGACUCAAUAACGGAUGGGAGAUAUCGAGUGAUCAUCAAUUUCUUACGGCAUUACCUUGGAGAUUUUUUGAUUGCUUCAUAUCUUAAUGCCAUAGAAGAAUCUGGUUUCGACGAUAUGUAUGUCAAGGAAAUUGAGAGGGCAGUUCUAAUCAAGACUUUAGAUUGUUUCUGGAGGGAUCAUCUUGUCAACAUGAACAGGCUUAGUUCAGCGGUGAACGUGAGGAGUUUCGGGCACAGAAACCCACUAGAGGAAUACAAAAUAGAUGGUUGUAGAUUCUUCAUCUCUAUGCUCAGUGCAUCCAGGAGGUUAACCAUAGAAUCGUUAUUUCGCUAUUGGGCAUCCCCAAUGGAGUCUCAAGAAUUACUAUUAUCAUAAAAGGACAAGUAAAGAUCUGCUGACACGGUGAGGAGUCAGAAUGACGACAAUAACAGUAGAGCUGCCCCCUUUCAGGUAGGGUGUUGAAAUGGGCCUCAAUCCUACUAGCUGACGCUAGAUAAGAUUGAACCGUCGUAUAUCAGAAUAUUAUGGCCAUUGUGUUAUAUACACUUGCAUGAUCCUUAUUAAAGGAGAUCCUAUAGCCUAUGUUAGUAUCCAAGAAAGAAAGGCGUGUUGUGGUUCUUAAAACAGAUGGUCCUGAAAAGUGAAGGGUGCGGAGCAGACCCAGUUAAGAUUGUCCAGAAAAGUGAAGAAAUUUGCAUAGCAGAGCUAGUGGAGAAAGAUUAAUAUAUGGAUGAUUCUUGCUUGUAUAUAUAUAAGCAGACCCAAAUUUGGUAUUUGCCGACCACAUGUAUUUAUGCAACUUUAAAAUUCCAAAAGAAAUCAUGGUUCCCAAACAACACAUUAUAGAAAGAAGUAGGAGCAAAUUGAUGUUUAGCUUUGAGGAAAGAAUAGAGAUAAAUAUUAGAAAUAAGAAUGUAAUGCAAGCACUUCAACGGUAAGGUAGACUUCUCCUCUCGACAAUUUAGUAAAUCAUUAAAUUUUUUUCUUUUUAGCAUUA